AGAUGGACGACCUCCAGGAUCAGUUCUCUCCGGGCUCCGCGCGGUCGGCCAGUCGUCGCUCGAGUCGCGUGUUGGCAUCGCGCAAGUCGAGCAUCCGGGUGUCGAAGGCUGGUCUACGAUCUAGCAACAACCAGAGGAGCAACAGGGUAUCGCUCGUCAGUCAGAACCGCAUGAGUGCCGUGUCUUCCGCAACAACGUCUCUUCUCUCUUCCAGCUUUGUCCCUCCUGUCCCUCGCAUUCCUCAUACAGACUCUUUGGGGAUCAUCACCACUGGCCUCUCCAGUCACAACUCUGCAUACACUUCCGAUUUCUCGCCCACGUCCGAGAGUCGUGCACUCGCACAAGCCCAAAGAGAUCUCUGCAACAUGCUUGGUAUAUCCAUCCAAGAUAUCAAGCCUCAAGGUAGAAGGUCGUCCAUGGUUGUCUCUCCGGUGUCGCCAAGGCCAUCAGCAGCCUCUGCCGCUCGCUCUCGAAGGACUUUGUCCGAUGUCACUGGAAACCGUUUGGCGAAAGGUCUCGCGGUGUUGGAACCCUUUGUCGAUCUUACGAAGAACGAUCGUGAACAUGUAUUAGCAACUCUUGGUAUUAUUGACCCAUGAGGCCUCCGACAUCUGUUCAUCGCUAUUUAUACAUCAUAUUUAUCUAUGACCAUGACGCCCUU